AGACCGUUGUGUAGAUACAGCCAACAAAAAAAGGCUGAUUGGGAUACCAUCUUGACACCGUUGCGCGCGCAAACACCCACUCUCCCCAUCUUUUACCCUUCUCUCCUCGAACCUCCACUCAAGAUUCUCUAGGAAGGGACAACCUCAUUCACCACACAGCACCUUCCCUCACGUUACCUCACCUCUCUCUCCACCGAAACAACCACCGUGAGAUUAAUUCAAAAUGACUAUCCCCCUCGCCACCAUCUCCUCCUUCCGCACAACCUUCAACCCUUGGCUCCGCAGCUCCCGCCCCUGUCGCGUGCUGCUCUCUCUUCUCCGCAACCCCUCGACCAUCCCGGCCUCGAGCCCCACGCACAUCGACAUCAAAGUCACGCAGUUGCCGCGGCACUCGACGCAGCCCGCCGAGCUGACGGUCGGGUUCAAGAAUGGCAAGGAAGUGAGCAUCCCCGUCGGCGAGCGGCAGAUGAAGAUCGGGGAUGUGAUUGAGGAGAUUGCCCGGGUAGGGCGGGUGAUUGAGCGUGAGGAGACGUUGAAGGGUUGAUUUCUUUGCCGUUUUGUCUUUGGGGAGUCGGAUGUAUUUGGGGAGAGGAGGGGCUGCUUGGGGCUGCUAAGGGCUAGAAUGGAGGGAGGAGGGAUGGCAGCAGCGGGUGUAGUCGGGGCCGCGCGGGGCUUCGUUGAGACUAUCGCUUCCAUCCUCUCUCCUGCGGAUGUGGAGGACGUGUGUGCUCAACCUUAUUGCCUCCGGCAGCAUGUGUCAGCGCAUUCGGGUUCAAGAGGCGCGCGAGCGUUAUCCGCAGCGUGAACGCAAGUCGUCCGGACUUGUUUUCGCGACUUGUAUUAUCUAUCAUGUUAUUUAUGGGCAUGUGUAUAUACCAGCUAUUAAGUAUUCUUGUUUUUCG